GGGGGGGGACGGGGUAGGAGAAGCGGCCAAGACUGGGUCUAAAUGCUCCCAAGCAACUCAUAAUCUGCCACAGGGUUUGCGCUGGGGGUGUUCCGGGCCCCUAUUUUCAGGGAGGGUAACUGUAACCCCUACUCUCUCAUGGUCCUAGGAACCGUGCGUGAGGUCCGGUUGUGCAGGCGAUGCACGGACGGCGGGAGAUGAAGGGGCGGGUUACGGCGGUCCAAGGGGCCAGUUCUUAGGGUACCGCUGAAAAGGAUUCUCCCUGUGCUUCAACUUUCCUGGUUGUCUCCUUCCCUCUCCCGGGCCCGACUCGGUGCAUCUCCCCCGACCCCGGGGACCCCGGAGCCGCCAGCUCUCCAGGAAUUGGGAGUUUCUUGACGUUCCCUGCCCGGGCUUCGCGAAGGGCGGGGUAGUGCGGCAAGGGGCCGUCGCGCAAGUGCAGCUCGCGCCUCGGCCACAAACGGCGGGCCUCACCUGGGGCCUGAGGCGCCUGGAAAAACGCACCGACCGGCGGGCGGGAAAGUGCCGACGUCCCUGCCCGUUCCCACCUGCCCGCUACCCCGCCCCAGGCUUGCCGCCUCUGCCUCCCCGCCUGGCCGCGGCGGGCGGGCGCUUCCCUGCACUCCCCGCGACACUUUGCAGACGCUCCCCGGCGCCGGGCAUGGGCGCCGCCGCUGUCGGUCCCCUGGCCGGAUUCCGCGCGCGGGUGGGUGAGCGCGGGGCUCUGGCCCCUCCGACCCCUGGCACCUGUGGGCGGGGGGUGGUGGCCGCAUCUGCACCCACGGCCUAGUGCAUCUGCCGAAGGGACCCCUGGCCAACAUCGCUCCCCCUCCCACCCGGGGGACAAAGGGCGGGGGCGGGGGCGCAUCCCCACGCGUGACCUUCCCCCGCACUGCGCACGCGCCCCCUUCACCACGGGGAGGGGCCCUGCUCGCCCACACGAGUGCGGGGGAGGGGCGUGGGGAGGCGCAGCGCGUGGGCUGGACCCCCAUCCUAUGCCUGGAAGUUGGGGCACGGUCCCCUCCCCCCUGCGCCUCUCGCUUCUUUUGGCCCCGAGGUGAUCCGUGAUGAGGGUCGGCCCCAUCCGGGCCAGGAUGUCUUGGCUCUGUCGACCCCGCGGGGAACCCACCCCUCCUUCCCUCAGUGGCUCGGGGUCUGGGCCCCCAGCCUCCCCAUUUCCUAGGAGCCCAGGAGUUUGAAACCCCAGGCGUCCUCCCAAGGACCCAGGAAUCCUGGCCCUCAGCACCACCCCCGAGUCCUAAAGAGUUGGGCCCCACCGUCCCUGGGAUGUCCCUCCAUCUGUGGCUGCUCUUUCUGUCCAGUGUCCCUGAGGCGCUAAGCUGCCUGGGUCCACCAGAGGCCGCGCCAUGAAUGACCGAAACAGUCGGAGGAGGACACUGAAGAAAGACGAUGAGGCCUUCGAGAUCUCCAUCCCCUUCGAUGAGACGCCCCACCUAGACCCACAGAUCUUUUACAGUCUGAGCCCCUCUCGGGGAAACUUCGAGGAGUCUCCGGAGGCCGCAUCCCCAACGGUGGCCCUGAUGAAUGGUGUCAGGGCCCAGCUGCACAUGGCCCUGGAAAGAAACUCAUGGUUGCAGAAGCGCAUCGAGGACCUGGAGGAGGAGAGGGACUUCCUGCGGUGUCAGCUGGACAAGUUUAUCUCCUCGGCCCGCAUGGAUGCAGAGGACCACUGCCGGGUAAAGCCUGGGCCCAGGCGGGUUGAGGGGGACAGCCGGGGUGGGGCUGGGGGCGAGGCCUCAGAUCCGGAGUCGGCGGCCUCCUCACUCAGCGGAGCGUCUGAAGAAGGCAGUACCGUGGAGAGGAAGAGACAGAGGCAGAAGGGAGGUGCUGGCCGGAGACGCUUUGGGAAGCCCAAGGCCCGGGAGAGGCAGCGGGUGAAGGAUGCAGAUGGAGUCCUCUGCCGCUACAAGAAGAUCCUGGGCACCUUCCAGAAGCUGAAGAGCAUGUCUCGGGCCUUUGAGCACCACCGAGUAGAUCGCAACACGGUGGCGCUGACCACGCCCAUCGCGGAGCUGCUCAUUGUGGCCCCGGAGAAGCUGGCGGAGGUGGGCGAGUUCGACCCCUCUAAGGAGCGUCUGCUCGAGUACUCGCGCCGCUGCUUCCUGGCCCUGGACGACGAGACCCUCAAGAAGGUGCAGGCGCUCAAGAAGAGCAAGCUGCUGCUCCCCAUCACCUACCGCUUCAAGCGGUGAUCCUGCCCCACCUGGCCCGGGACGCGCCCUUCGGCCCCCACUUCCCUCCCUCCUGUGUCCCUCCUGGCACCGGGCGAGCGUGUGCAUGAGUGGCGUGCUCCUCCAGAGGCCCUGGGGUGUUUCUGCACGUGCCUCUCCUGCUCCUGCAGAUCCCCACUCCCACCCCAGGUUCCUCGUAUAUAGAUCCGGUCCCCUCCUUGCCUCUCACGUUCCUAGCUUCCUCCCCUUUCUCUGCAUCCCCUGGGGAGGGGCGUCCACUUAGCCUGGCCCCCAAGCUUCAGGGGUCGGUUUCUGCCCUUUCCCAAACACUGGCACUCCUCCCACGCGAGCUGCACCGUCCUGCCCUCACCGGGCGCUUCCUCCGCGGGACACUGCGAGACUCUCUGCGGGGCCAGGCACUGUACAUACCCCGUCUCUACCCCCAGCCCCGAGGAGAGGCUGGCCCACUCUGCCAGGAGCUCUCCACCCGCAUUCCGGACAAGAAGGAAUUAUUCAGAGAAUUUAAAUUAAAGAGAGACGAUAAAAUUUGGAAUAAA